AUGACGGGACCUAUAAAAGAGGAAAACGACCCGCAAAACUUGUCCAGGUCAGCUCAGGGUCAGGAAUGGGGCGAUUCUCGUGCAGUUCAGCAAACACGGGCCCCAGGCACUGCCAAUGUUACUCAAGGCCAACAGCAAUUCUCUCAAGCUGACCUGAACCGAAUUGUUCUCGAGUACUUGAACAAAAAGGGUUACCAUCAAACAGAGGCAACUCUUAGAAAUGAGGCCACGAAGAUUCCAGGUGCUCCGACAAUCCCUGUGAGCCCCGCAACAACAAAUUUUCAGAAACCAGAAACCAUCGUGUCCAACCGGUCAAAUAUCCACUUCCAACAACAGCAAUAUCUUCACCAACAGAACGCGUCGAGGCAAAGACAAUUUGACGAGGAUCCUCAAAUGUUUGGUAGAGCUUACCUGCUGUAUCGCUCAUGGUGCGAGAACUCGCUUGAAAUGUACAAGUACGAGCUGGAGAAAUUUCUCUAUCCGAUAUUUGUCCAAAGCUAUCUGACGCUCAUUCAGCGUGGGGACGUCGACGAUGCCAGAAGCUUUUUUGAAAAGUUUCACAGCGAUCACCUGCUGUCUCACAGCUAUGAGAUACGGUCACUUGCAGGGAUCUCCUUACCAGACCAUUUGGAAGAAAAUGAGAUUGCAAGGCUUUUCAAGACUGAAAAGUACCAUGUGAACGUGUCCAAGGUUUCCAUGAACCUCAUUUUGAGUUUCCUGAAUGAAAAUGAAGCUAUCGGAGGUGGGAUCAUAGUGAGAAUUAUCAAUAACACCAUGUCUAUCACCACUCAAGUCGAGGUGACUACUCAAGAAGAGGAGGGACAUGGCGAGCACACAGAGGGAAUUGCUGCUGUAUAUCAGCUGCUAAAUGACGAGUCACACAAACUCAAGAAGGAUACAGAAUCAUCCGAGGUUUUCAACAGCAAGGCUGUCAAGCUGGGAAAAUUCCCAGAUGAUCCGGAAUUCGUCAAGGAGUUGGAGGCAGAGCUCCAGCAAAAGGACGAGGCACAAAAAGACCAACAUCCAGAGAAAACUUUGAUGGAAGAAUAUGAAGAAAACUUCAAGGUGGAUCCUGCUGGCGAGGAUACCCCUGCUAGAGAAUCGCUUCCUCUACCCCAGAAAACAGCUUUCGACCUAAAACAUGAAAUCACCAAGAUUCAAGAUUCCCGGGCCAAAGUCAAACUUAACGCGGUCCAAGCCGCCUUGCCAAGCACAUGCAUGUACACAUUCCACAAUACGAACAACGACAUGACUUGUGUUGAGUUCAACGACGAUUCGACUAUCGUGGCAGGGGGUUUCCAGGACUCAUUCAUCAAACUAUGGAGCAUUGAUGGAUCUCCACUGAAAUCUGUUUUAAAGAACGACCCCUAUGACCAGUCUGUUGAUGGAUGCCGUCGCUUGAUAGGCCAUUCGGGUGCAGUUUACGGAUUAAGCUUCAGUCCUGAUAACCACUAUCUUCUCUCAUCUUCGGAAGACAAAACUGUCAGAUUAUGGUCCAUGGACACUUACACUUCGCUGGUGUCGUACAAGGGUCACAACUCGCCCGUGUGGGACGUGAAGUUUUCUCCAUUGGGACACUAUUUUGCAACCGCUUCUCAUGACCAAACGGCCAGGCUAUGGUCAUGUGAUCACAUAUAUCCUUUGCGAAUUUUUGCAGGGCAUCUGAAUGACGUCGACGUGGUAGAGUUCCAUCCGAACUCCACGUAUCUGUUCACAGGCUCUAGCGACAAAACGGUUCGGAUGUGGGACAUUGCUAGAGGAGAGUCAGUUCGAAUCUUUAUCGGCCACAACAUGCCCGUUAACGCUUUGGCAGUUUCUCCUGACGGCAGAUGGCUGGCCACGGCAGGGGAAGAUUCAGUGAUCAACAUGUUUGACAUUGCCUCUGGGCGCAAGCUGAAGUCGAUGCGUGGACACGGACGAUGCUCUAUCUAUUCAUUAGCUUUCAGCAAAGACGGAUCUGUGCUGGUCAGCUCCGGUUCAGAUAACUCUGUUCGCGUUUGGGACGUGAAGAAGGGAACUAUGGAAAGUAACAAUCCACAGCCAGAGAAGUUUACAUUGGAUUCUGUCUUGGCAGCCAAAAAUGGCGACGGAAAUCAAGCUGCAGAUACUCAAGAUCAACGUUAUCAAAGACGUCAAGAAGAGAUGCGCAGAAGAAAAGAGUUUGCUGCUACGCAAGAUCACAUGGCAGUGUACUUUACCAGGAAGACUCCUGUUUACAAGGUGCACUUUACACGGCGAAACUUGUGUUUGGCAGCGGGUGUUUUUAAUGGUUAG